UUAUUUUAUGACUGCAGAUGUGAAACUAUUAGUGAAAAGUUAAUAAUCAACUGGUUAUAUAUAUGUAUGUUUGAUUCAUUGAAGAAAAGCUCUGGACCAGCCUUAUUCAUGUUAUAUAAAGCCAUAGAAAAUUUAUCAAUGAGGUGGCCAACUGAUGCAGUAACAUUAAAAUCACGAGCUACAUUAUGUCAAGAUAAUUUGUUAACAACAAAUGUAGAUUCAGAAGAAAUAGUGAUACAUGUUGAAGUGAACCAUGGACGGUGUAAAACUAAUUGUCGAAUUUUAGAUUGUGAUUCUAUAUCUCAAGUAAAGAGUAAAUGUAUCAAUGCUAUUUAUUUGAGAGAAAUGGGUUCUGAAAAACCAUCUGUGGACUCUGUUGAUCUAGAGUGGCAAGUUGGAGGGUGUAGUAAAAUACUUUAUGAUGAAGACUUGUCCAGUCUGAUUGAAAAUGGCUACCGAAAGUUGAAUACACCAAAACAUUAUGGAAUAACAGAUGGUUCUACAAUUUGUUUACUCUCAAAAGAAAUUCAGAUAGCUGAAUCUGAUUAUGGUAAGCAUAUCACAUUAUUUAUAAUCAAUUAUAAAUCUCUAGAGAAGAACUAUAUUGUCAAACUUGACAAAACAGUAGUCUAG